ACUACAGCUCAUUGGUAAUUGAUAACAACUUAUCAUUAGGCUUGUAUAUUUUUGUAUAUUAAAUAUAUUAUUUCUAGCAUCUUGAAGAAUUAUAAAAUAUGUUUCGUUUGUGGUAUUGAACUGGUACCUGUUUCUGUGCAUGCAUUUGUAAAUUAACUGAUACUACGACAAAUUAAUUAUCUUUUUGUCUCUUUGUAGCAGUUUUAUUAAACAAUCAACAUUUUUAUCAGAGGGGAAGCGAUUUGAUUGUUUGAUGUGUUUGUACGACGAUAAGUCUUAUCGAUCGCCUGCGAGACUUAGGAAGCCCAGCGCGAGGCGAUGUUCGUCAGUCACCAAGUUGGCACCGAGAUUGCGUCUAGGCAUCCACCGAAAGCGUUUCCUCACAAAUCAUCAAAUUCUUACUUUCGAUGAUUGCUGUGAAAGUUGUAUGAGCGGAUGCAAUGUUUUGCAUUGUCCAGGAAUAACCUACCUUCGAGCCACAAGCAUCUAAAUCCAGUAGAAACAUAUCCAUAUAAAAAGGUUUAGAGGACGAGCUAAAAGGAAAACUCAUACCUAAAAGAAAAUAGAGCUAUCUACAGCAAGGACGUUUUUUAUGAAAAAAUCCAGGAUGGACUUUUCAGAAGUUGAGUCUGCUGUCCCAACAUUCCAGGCACCUUCUAUGCAGAUUAAUAAAGGGCGAGAUGACAAUGGUGCUAAUAUUAAAGUAAAUCAAAAGGAACUACGCAGAACGGACGAUAAUGCUGAACCUUCUUUUUCGAUAGACAGAAUCCUGAAGGCUGGUAAAAAUUUAGUGCAAUCUUGUGACGACUCUCAAAAUAGCAGACCUUGUGUUGCAACAAACGAAAACUCUUGGAAUGCCAACAGCGGUAAUGAUAUUUUACCUUGCCCCUCAUCUGAUCAGCAACACUACCUUGUAGGCUCUGGCAGCGGUGGUGGCAUACCUUCGACGAUUCGGCCCACGUGUACAAUUGACGGUCUAUCAGGUAAUUUAAGUAUGCCGUCACCUAGAUUUCCACCUCCUCCACCGCCACCACCACCACCAGGUUAUAUAGGAGGUUUUUCGUAUGGGUACAAAAGUCCAGAUAUGCACUCCUGGUCACCUUGGCUGUACUCACCCGAUAUUCCACGACAUCCCUUUUCAGGCCAAAAACAGUUGGGCAGACGUCCUAGAAAGCCGGGCGUUGACCGCAAACCUAGGCAGGCUUAUUCCUCCAAACAACUAGAACGACUGGAAGAGGAAUUCAAGACAGACAAAUAUCUAAGUGUCAGCAAGAGGUUAGAAUUAUCGAUGAACUUAGAUCUGACGGAAACACAAAUCAAGACAUGGUUCCAAAACAGAAGGACCAAAUGGAAAAAGCAGGUGACAGCACGUCUAAAACUAGCUCAACGUCAAGGCCUCUGGGGGACGCCGUUUAUGUCUCCCUGGUACAAUACAGUCAUUCCCACAUACCCAGGCACCUAUGGACCAUUCCCUUCUCCGAGUUGUAGCAGUAGUUUGACGCCUAACUUGCACGGAAUCGACAUAAUGUGUAGGCAGUCUUUGGCUCAACUCGCAACUCCUGUACAGAUCAUCUAAGAAUACAUAGACAAAAUUUACAAAGUGUAGAAUAAUUAAACCACACUAGAGAUUGCCUGAUACAUAGACCUGUUUACUUUUUGUACUAUCAAAAUGUGACUAAUAUUUGCAAUGCAUCGCAAUAGUUGGAGCUGAUGUUGUAUUGAACAGGAAUUUUGUUGGCUCUACAUAUUGUGGUAAAAUUGAGAUGAGCUCAAAAUCUGAAAAAGGCAGGGACGGUCAGCCAAUGUAUAGUUUGCUGGAUACAAAUUCUUGGAUGAAGCGAGAGUCCGAGCCCUGCCUGGGAAGAUGCCGAUUAAGUGGAAGGCUGUACAGAUUCGUUAAUUGUAAAUAGGUUAAUGAAAUAAUAUUAUAGUUAGUUUUAACCAUUUUAUUGAUCGUCUAUUAUGAUCAGAAUACUGAUCAUUAAUUGUCAUAGUUUAUACAUUUAUUAUUACAUUCCCUGUCUCUUGUCACAUACAAGUUUAAUUGUAUUACCGGUACUGUUUAUAUAUUGUUAUAUUUUAUUUUAUUGAAAACAUAUUUAUACAGGAUACAAUUUCAGACAAGAUGUAACAGUCUGUUUUUAAAAUGGUCCUGUUAAAAUUAAUACAAUUGAGAUAAAAGCUUAAUCUACAACAUAGAAUAUGGAUUUUUUUUUAAAUACGUCGACAAAAAUCACAAGGUAAGGUAAUAAAAUUAAUGAUACACGUCUUAAUCACAUAUAAAAUAUUAAAAUUCAAUAGUAAUGUAGACUAAAAGUAUCAAAAGGAAAUUAGACUAUUUUAAGAAUUUCUCUAGGUUCACUAUUUCUACGUACUACAGAGGAGUAGGCCUAUGUAUUGUAAAUUUUAUUUUAUGUUGACUUCAACGUGACAAAUAACUUAUUGAAGAUAUUAUGUAUUUUAAAAUUUCCACAAUAUUAUAAACAGUAUGUUUGGUGUUUCGUUACGUGGUGUGCGAAAAAUAGGGAGUUUUCGAUGCAACGCAAUAACUCCGCCCCUUUUGUAAACAAAUCGAAAUACGCAUGCGCAAUCUAACGUACGUCGAGCACGUAAAAUCCUGAAUUAACGUACUCCGCAACGCAAGAUGAAUAAAUUAUGACGUCAUCCGUUAACGUUAAGGUUAACGUCGUGCAGCGAAAACACCUAAUGAUAGCACUAACAGUAAGCCUAACAUCGUUCAUUUUUGUCAUUACUAUUAUUAGCUCAAUCAAGAUAUUGCUGUUGAGCAAACUUAGGCUUUAUACACUAGAUUCCAGAAUGAGGCUUGAGGAAUGACGUUUUAGAUAGUUACAGGACUCGAACCCAGGACCAUGGAAUCUGAAUGUAACUUAACUUUGGUUAUAAGCAAAAGAUAAUCGCCAUGACUACAUCGUUUCUGUGGUUCAUUAUAUAACUUUGACAAAUAUACAUAAAUAUUUAUGACUUGUUUAUAAAACAAAUGUAUAAAAUAUAUAAAAAAUAACAUUUACAGUGCUCCAAACAUAGCAUACUUCAACAAGAAAUCCUACAGUUGUAUCAAAAAUUGUGUCUAGCAGUCUGUAGAGUGUUGCCCCAUGUGUGUAAUCUACAUAGUAAUAACAAGUCUAAUCAAACCUAAUGUUGAACCUCUUUUUUUUGUUUUUAUUC